CGGAUCCCGUAGGUCCAGCGCGCUCCCGGUCCCGGUCCGGCCAUGGCCCAACGCGGCGGCCCCGCGGUGCUCCCGGACAACCCCUUCCAGGACCCCACGGCGCUGCAGGCCCGGUCCGGCGCUGUGCUGGAUGGCUACAACCCCUUCGAGAGCGACGCGCCACCGCCGCCGUUCCAGACCCCUUCGGUAGCGCCGCCGCCCCCGGUACCGGCGGCCGCGCAGCCCCCGCGGAAGGCGAGUCCCACCGAGCCCCGCAACUACGGCUCCUACGGCUCGCAGGCCUCGGCCGCCGCCGCCACGGCGGAGCUGCUGAAGCGGCAGGAGGAGCUCAACCGGAAAGCGGAGGAGCUGGACCGGCGGGAGCGGGAGCUGCAGAACGCGGCCCUCGGCGGUUCCCAGACGAGGCUCAACAACUGGCCCCCGCUGCCGUCCUUCUGCCCGGUGAAGCCCUGCUUCUACCAGGACAUCCCCGUGGAGAUCCCUGCUGACUUCCAGAAGACAGUCACGACCAUGUACUACCUCUGGAUGGCCAGCACCAUUGCUCUCUUCCUGAACUUCCUGUCCUCGCUCGCCUGGUUCUGCGUGGACCCCUCGUCUGGUUCUGGGUUUGGCCUCUCCAUCCUCUGGGCUCUGCUCUACACACCCUGUUCCUUCGUCUGCUGGUAUCGGCCCAUGUACAAAGCUUUCAGGAGCGACAGUUCCUUCAACUUCUUUGUCUUCUUCUUCGUCUUCUUUGCCCAGAACGUGAUGUACGUGCUGCAGGCCAUUGGCAUCCCAAACUGGGGAUUCAGUGGCUGGAUCCUGAGCCUGAUAGCACUGCGGACUAACACAGCCGUGGCUGUGAUGAUGAUCCUGGUGUCCUUGUCCUUCACGGGAGUGGCUGUGUUGGGGAUCAUUAUGCUGAAAAAGAUCCACUCUCUGUACCGCCGGACGGGCGCCAGCUUCCAGAAGGCUCAGGAGGAGUUUGCGGCCGGGGUCUUCUCUAACCAGGCCGUGCGCACGGCCGCGGCCAACGCCGCUGCGGGCGCGGCCACCAACGCCUUCCGCGCGCCGUAGCCGUGCCCGGCCCUGCCUCCCUGGCGCACGCGGGCUCUUCCCGAGGAAGAGGAAAUCCGAGUUGCACUUUCACUGGAUCCCUGUGCGUCUGCAUCAGCUGUCAGAGGCUGCCUCAUCCCAGCUUGGAAGUGCUGGUGCCUGAAUCGUCUGCUGCUCUUAACCCCCUUUCCUCACGGACAGAGGCUGUUCUGGUUUGUGCUGGUCCCCUCCCCUCAGCAGACUGGGGGAGCAGGGUGGGAAGUGCUGCGGCCGAGCCCUGAGCUUGCCAUCACCCUCCCUUCCAGCACCAGCUGUUGGGGGCAGGAGCCUCCUCCAGAUGGCUGGAAUGCUGCUUCCAGGGACUGGAACGGUCACUUGCCUUCCUUGUGCUCUCCUGUUUCCCCACCUGGUGAUGACACAUGUGUGCCCUGGGGUGUGGAGGGUCCCCUGUGUGCCCAGGGACCCCCAUGCUCUGCUAAGAACAUCAUCCCCCUCCCCGUCCUGGGGCUUGCUCUAGUGGGAUGAGGAUGGGGCUGAUGCUUUCCCCAGGGUGUGUUGUCCUUUUGUCCUGUCCCUUUCCCCAUCCUCUCCCUCUCUCCAGGACCAGGGAUGAGGAGACCAGGGCAGGGACAGGCAGAGCUCGGGCAGCUGCUGCCUGUGGGGAUCCUGCCUUUAGCCCAUGUGGACCCCAAAGCCAGGCUGGGUGCUGAGGAGCAGCCCUGGUGUUCACAUGGCUCCCCCUCGCCUCCAGGGAGAGGUGAACAGCUCCUCCAGUCCCCCUCCCCACCCGCUUCAAGGACUGUGACCCCUUGCUCCCCCCAGGACCCUUCAGCCAGGGCCUUCACCCUCCUCAGUGGGGGCGAAUCCCUGCGUGCAGCCCCGUGUCCCCCUUACCUGCGCUCUGUCCCCUGUCCCGGUAUCCCUGGGGAUCCCCAGGACAGGUUUCAUGCAUUCUGCUUCACUCCAUCUCCUCUCGGAUGCUCCCGGUUUGUCCCUGCAGCUCCGGGGCUGGCGAGAGGCUUUGUGCCUUCAGCUGUGGGGGCCGGUGCCCUCCCCGUCCUGCUGCGGCGUGGGCUCCUCUGGGGGUCCGUGCCUCCUCCGCUGCUCCCCGUGUGCUGUUCCCCGACCGCCUCCCGGUUUAUUUAAGGAAUAAAUGAAGGUUCACUCUG